GUUAAGAAUUUGACAGCUCUAGGAUUCCUUCUAGAGGUAUCAACGUUUCUCACGUGUUUCACUUCUUCAUGCAGUGAAAAUAAUCAAAAAUAUGGGGAAAACAAAGAAAAUGAAGCCGUCUCAGAUGGGCGCACCCAAAAGAACCCUCGAACAAGACAUCGAAGACACUCAGAUCGUCAAAUCAAAGAACAGAAAUAAAAUUCGUUUCAGAAAAGACGAAGAUGAAGAGUUUGUUGAUGCCAAUCUUUCAAGAAAAAUUCUCUCGGCUGCACGAGAACAACAACGUGAAAUAGAAUCCUCCUUUGGGCCUACACCAGCAGAGAGCAUGCAGAGAAAACCUUUUGUCAAAUUUGAUGAUUCUGAUAAAGAAGAUGAAGAUGCUGAAGAGGAAGACACCUUAGAACCUGACACAUACUUUGAAAACAUUGAAAUCAAAGAAGAAGAUGAGAAAGCAAUGGAAUUAUUUAUGAGUUCCAAUCCAGGUCCAAGAAGAACUCUGGCUGAUAUUAUAAUGGAAAAAAUCACAGAGAAACAAACUGAGUUGGAUACUCACUUUAGUGAUGCAGGCACUCUACAAGUACAAGAUCUUGAUCCUCGCGUUUUACAGAUGUAUGAAGGCGUGAGAGAUGUGCUGAGAAAGUAUAGGAGUGGCAAGCUUCCAAAAGCAUUUAAAAUUAUUCCAAAUUUAUGCAAUUGGGAGCAGAUUUUGUACAUCACAGACCCGCCAAGCUGGUCGGCGGCUGCCAUGUACCAAGCCACACGAAUAUUCGCGUCGAAUUUGAAAGACAACAUGGCGCAGCGAUUUUAUAACUUAGUUUUACUACCGCGUAUUCGUGACGAUUUGGCUGAGUAUAAACGACUCAACUUUCAUCUAUACCAAGCGCUGCGAAAAGCCUUAUUCAAAUCUGGUGGUUUUAUGAAAGGUUUUCUUCUACCCUUGCUUGAAAGUGGUAAUUGCACAUUGCGUGAAGCAAUUAUAAUCGGCUCGGUAAUUGCAAGAAAUUCUAUUCCAAUCUUGCAUUCGUCCGCGGCCAUUUUGAAAAUCGCGGAAAUGGAUUACACCGGAGCCAAUUCGAUCUUCCUGCGGAUAUUUUUCGAUAAAAAGUAUGCGUUACCUUACAGGGUGGUAGAUGCGGUGGUGUUUCAUUUUUUGCGAUUUGAGCGCGACCCGAGAGAGUUGCCGGUGUUGUGGCAUCAAGCCUUUUUGAGUUUUGUGCAGCGAUAUAAAGCGGAUAUAAGUAGUGAGCAGAGGGAUGCGUUGUUGAAUUUGUUGAAAAAACAAAAUCAUCCGACGAUCACGCCCGAGAUUCGCCGAGAGCUGCAGAACGCCAAGUGUCGGGAUGUUGAAGUUGACCAAUCCAAAAUGGAUUCCUCAGCGUAAAUUUAUAAUAUUAAAUUUAAAUCCAAAUUAAGUUUAAAUAAAAAUGUAAAGUUAGAA